CAACGCCCGGGGACUUAGGCGCGGGUUUGGUGGCUCGUUUUAGCGAAGUCGCACGUGAAGGGCAGCAGUGGCCGGAGGCCGACCCAGUCAUGGCAGGUUCAAGCAGCACCUGGCCAUCAGGCAAGCAUCUGUUCAAAGUCAUCCUGAUGGUCCUAGUGGCCCUUGUCCUCGUCCACUCAGCAUCGUCCAAUUCCCCUCGAGACUUUGUGCCACCAGGCCAGCAGAAGAGGGAGGUGCCAGUUGAUCUCUUGAGCCAGAUAGGUCGGUCUGUGCAGGGAACACUGGAUGCCUGGAUUGGGCCAGAGACCAUGCACGUGGUUUCUGAGACCACGUCUCAGGCGAUGUGGGCCAUCUCCUCAUUCAUCUCCGUGGCCUUCUUCGCUCUGUCCGGGAUCGCUGCGCAGCUGCUGAAUGCCUUGGGGCUGGAUGGAGAGCACCUCACCCAGGCCCUGAAGCUCAGCCCCAGUCAGGUCCAGACCUUCCUGCUGUGGGGAGCUGGGGCCCUGGUGAUCUACUGGCUUCUGUCCCUGCUCCUCGGCUUGGUCUUGGCCCUGCUGGGGCGGAUCCUGUGGGGCCUAAAGCUUGUCGUCUUCCUGGUCGGCUUUGUGGCCUUGGUGAGGUCGGUGCCAGACCCUUCCACCCGGGCCUUGCUCCUCCUGGCCUUGCUGACCCUCUACGCUUUGCUGAGCCGGCUCACUGGCAGCCGGGCCUCGGGGGCCCAGCUGGAGGCCAAGGUUCGGGCACUGGAGCGCCAGGUGGAGGAGAUGCGCUGGCGGCAGAGGCGAGCAGCCAAGGGGACCCGGAGCAUGGAGGAGGAGUGAGAAGGACACCCAACAACGCCUCCGCCACCUUUGUACCAAAGAGCUGAGCUGCUUCUGGGUCGCUGGCCCUCCUUCCAGCCCCCUGCCCCUCUCUUGCCCUAUCUCUGAACCAUCAGAACUUCUAUCUCUGUACCAGACCCCCUAGCUGACAGGAAGGAAGACCAUCCCCCCUGCUGGUCCCCUGUCUGGGGUUGGUUAUCUUACCUUUCUCUGUCUAUCUCAGCCAGGGCAGCUUGGAGGGCACCCCCCCCACCCCACCCCCGGCCUCCAGCUUGUGCAUCUGUUCUCAGCGAGCAUCACUGCCCAAGUUCCAGCUCCCUCCCUGUUUGUCUCCUUCCAGCCCUGUGCUCCAACCACACCAUUCCCUCAAGGCCUGCUCCUGUCCCCUUCAUUGCCCAGGGUGGGAAAGAGACAGGGCAUAUCGGACCUGAGGGGAAGGGAAGUGGGGAUGUUCCCCCCAGGGCUGGGGACGAGAUGCACAUUGAGUCUGUUACAAGUGCCUUAAUCCAAGCCAGUGGGCCCUCUGCUUGCCCGCUGCUGUAUGUAUGUAGGAAAGUGCAUGGUGGCUGCUUUGUGUCAAGAAGAGAGUGGUUUCUCUCAGGAUUUUGAUUCUCCUUCAGCCAAAGCAAAAGAUGACUGCUUCAUAGGCUGUGCCUGCAAGUAGGACCAUGCAGUGGCCGUCAGAUCCCCUGUGGGGAUUUCAGGGACCUGAGUCCGAAGGAGGACCCCUCUCCUUGUCUGCAGAGCUCCAGGCGGGUCUCAUUUCUCCCUCCACUCGCUGCCACCAAGGAGUUGCUGAUCAGGGCCCACUCCAGUGGCCUGGGAGGAUCACGGAGCAGACACCCCAGAGAUGGCAGCACAGCCCCUUCCCUUCACAAGCUCUGUGGGGAGCAGGGGGAGCCUGCCGACCUCUCUCCACCAGGGCUCUCAUUCUUCCUUUGAGGCUCCGGUGGAGGUGGGCAUCCUCCUCUGCCAGGCCGGAGCACAUGAUGCACAUGACAUGAAUUGAGAAUAAAUGCCCGGUUUUUACUGUUAAGGUUUGAUGUUGAGUCACAGCUGCAGUGAUAUAUAUUUUUAUCAGCGCUUGGUUGGUUUUAAAUAAAG